AUGUUCGUGGAGGAGAUCGUCAUCGACGGCUUCAAGUCGUACGCGCAGAAGGUGGUCGUCUCCGACUUCGACCCGCACUUCAACGCCAUCACUGGCCUCAAUGGGUCCGGAAAGUCGAACAUCCUCGACUCAAUAUGCUUCGUUCUCGGCAUCACGAACCUCUCCCAGGUCCGCGCCGGCUCCCUCCAGGACCUCAUCUACAAGCAGGGCCAGGCGGGCGUCACCAAGGCUUCGGUCAGCAUCACGUUUGACAACGCGGACAAGGCCACGAGCCCGCUGGGAUACGAGCACUGCGAGAAGAUCGUCGUGACGCGCCAGAUCGCGAUCGGCGGGCGCUCGAAGUUCCUCAUCAACGGCCACGUCGCGCAGCCGGCGCGCGUGCAGAACCUCUUCCACAGCGUGCAGCUCAACGUCAACAACCCCCACUUCCUCAUCAUGCAAGGGCGCAUCACCAAGGUCCUCAACAUGAAGCCCCCGGAGAUCCUCAACAUGCUCGAGGAGGCCGCGGGGACGCGGAUGUUCGAGUCGAAGAAGGAGGCGGCGCUCAAGACGCUGGCGAAGAAGCAACUCAAGGUGGACGAGAUCGACCAGCUGCUGGCCGAGGAGGUCGUGCCGGCGCUCGAGAAGCUCCGCAAGGAGAAGGCGACGUUCGCGGAGUUCACGCGGCUGGAGCAGACGAUGGCGCGCACGCAGCGGCAGGUCGUGGCGCAGCAGUACGUCGGGCUGCACGAGGCGGUGCACGGCGGGGGGUCGGAGGCCAGCCUGCUGCAGGCGCAGGCCAACGAGAUCGAGGCGACGAUGGCGCGCCUGCGGUCCGAGUGCGCCGCGAUCGAGCGCGACCUCGAGGGCGUCGCGGAGCGCAAGCGCGCCGUCGCGGGGCGCGCCAUGGAGGCCGCGCAGGACGCCGUGCAGAAGACGAGCAACGAACUCAUCAAGAAGACCUCCGAGCUGACCAACGCCGGGAAGACGCUGGAGGCGGAGCGGAAGAACGUGGCGGACGUCGAGGCGCAGAUCGCGGCGCUGGAGGCGCAGCAGGACCCCGAGGGCGCGCGCGCCGCCGAGCUCGCUCUGCGCAAGGCGCGUGCCGAGCUGGAGAUGGCGCGUUCGCGGGCGAAGGUGGCGGAGGAGAAGGCCCGGUCGGUGCAGGAGGACUCGGGCAGCGCGGAGACGGUGAUGCAGGAGGAGAUCGGGCGCGCGAAGGCGGCCCGCAGCGCGGCGGCGGCCCGUGAAAAGCAGGGGGCGUCGCGCGCAGCGCAGCUCCGGAAGCGGCUGGCGGCGGCGGCGAAGCGGCGCGAGAAGGAGGCGGCGGGCGUUGCGGAGCUGCGGAGCGCGGUCGAGGAGGGCGAGCGCGCCGUCGCGGACCUCCGCGCGCGCGGCGCGGCCGCGGCGGGCGACGGCGGCGCCGCGGGGGCGCUCGAGGAGCUCCGCGGCGCGCGGGAGGCCGAGAUGCGGCGCGCGCGCGACAUCCAGGACGUCGUCGACAAGCUCAAGUGCUCGCUCAAGUUCCUCGAGGUGCAGUACACGAGCCCUGCCGCGGCGAAGAAGGUCGCCCGCGACAAGGUGCACGGCAUGAUGGCGGAGCUGCUCAGGGUGAAGGACCCGAGCGCGGCGCUGGCGCUCGAGGUGGCGGCGGGCUCGAAGCUGUACCAGCUCGUGGUCGCGGACGAGGGCACGGCCAAGGGGGUGCUCGCGGGGCUGCGGCAGCGGCUGACGGUGGUGCCGCUGAGCAAGAUCCGCGGCUCGAACAUCCCCCCGGAGGUGUUGGAGGCGGUGGAGGGGGUCUCGGGGGGGUUCGCGCGGCCGGCGGUGGCCAUGAUCGAGUACGACGGGGCGUUCGAGGCCGCGAUGGCGUACGGGUUCGGCGGCGUGCUCGUCGCGAAGGACGCCGAGACGGCGAAGAAGUGCGCGUUCGACCCCAAGGUCCGUCUGCGCUGCGUCACGCUCGAGGGCGACGAGUUCUCCCCCUCGGGCCUCCUCACGGGCGGCUCCCGCAGCAACUCGCGCAACGUCCUGACGCAGCUGAGUCAGCUCCGGGAGGCCUCCGACGAGCUCGCGGGGCGCACGGCCCGCGCGGACGCGAUCGCGCGCGACAUCGCCGCGCUCGAGUCCACCGCGCGCGAGGCCGACGCCCUCGCCCAGGAGCUCGCCAGGGCCGAGCACGCGCUGACGUUGGCGCGGAACAAGCUCGACGCGCACACCGCGGGCGGCGCGGCGGCCGCGGAGGCCGCGGAGCUCGAGGCCGAGCUCGCCGCGCUCGAGGGCGACACGCGCGCCGCGGCGGAGGAGGCGGCCGCGCUGGACGAGCAGCUCGCAGCGCUGGCGGCGCAGCUGCAGGCCGCGCGGACGGGGGGCCUCGCGAAGGCGGUCGAGAAGGAGGCGAAGGAGACGAAGAAGGCGCUGGCGGGCGCGGAGAAGGCGGCGCGCGCGGCGGAGGAGGCGAGCGUCGCGCUGCAGACGCAGGCGGAGGGCGCGGCGGCGGAGGCGGCGGAGGCGCGCGCGGCGCUCGAGGAGGCCCGCGGGGCGGUGGCCGCGGCGGCGGCGCGCGUGGCGGCGCUCGAGGGCGAGGUCGCGGCGGCGCGCGAGGCGCACGUCGCCGCGACGCGGGAGCUCAAGGCCCAGGAGGCGCGCGUGGCGGGCUUCGAGGCGGAGGAGUCCGGGCUGACGAAGGGCCUGCGUCAGCGGCGCGCGGCGCUCGAGGAGGCCGACGUGGCGCUCGGGGAGGCCCGCGGGCGCGUGCAGCGCGCGCAGCAGGCGCGCGAGCGCGGCGCGAAGGAGCUGGACAGGCUGCUGAAGCAGCACCCGUGGAUCAGCACGGAGAAGCACAUGUUCGGGCAGCCCGGGUCGGGCUACGAGGGGCUCGGGGAGCGCGAGCUGGAGGCGGCGCAGAAGGAGCUGGGCGAGGCGGAGGCGCGGCUGAAGACGCUGGCGCGGCACAUGAACAAGAAGGUGCUGGCCAUGUUCGACCGGGCCGAGCAGGAGUACCGGGCGCUGGCGGAGAAGAAGGCGGCGGUGGUGCGGGACCGCGAGAACAUCAGCCGCGUGAUCGCGCAGCUGGACCAGAAGAAGCUCGAGAGCCUGCACGCCACGUGGGAGAAGGUCACGCGCGACUUUGCCUCCAUCUUCUCGACGCUGCUGCCCGGGGCGUCCGCGCGGCUGGACCCGUUCGAGGGCAACGUGGAGAACGGGCUCGAGGUGCGCGUCGGGUUCAACGGCGCGUGGAAGGAGAGCCUGACGGAGCUGUCGGGCGGGCAGCGCUCGCUGCUGGCGCUGUCCCUCAUCCUGGCGCUGCUGCUGUUCAAGCCGGCGCCGAUCUACAUCCUGGACGAGGUCGACGCGGCGCUGGACCUGUCGCACACGGAGAACAUCGGGCGCAUGAUCCAGACGCACUUCCCGUACAGUCAGUUCAUCGUAGUGUCGCUCAAGGAGGGCAUGUUCAACAACGCCAACGUGCUCUUCCGGACGAGGUUCGCGGACGGCGUGUCGUCGGUCGCGCGCGCCGCGAAGACCAAGUGA